AUGAGUUUUCUUUAUCAUUCUGAUAAGCCGAAUGUGGUGGUUGAUGCUCUUAGUUGGUUAUCAAUGGGUAGUAUUGCUCAUAUUGAGGAUGGUAAGAAGGAACUGGUUAGGGAUGUUCAUAGAUUGUCCCGAUUGGGUGUUCAGUUAGGUCACUCUAACAAGGGCGGUAUUAUGGUUCAAUAUGGUUUAGAAUUGUCCCUUGUGACAGAUGUGAAAGCCAAGAAAGGUCUUGACCCGAUCUUGAUUAGAUUGAAGGAAGUUGUGCUUAAUAAAUCCAUAGAGGGCAGAGAGAAACAAGAAAGUGAUCCCAUACUGCUUCAGUUAAAAGGUGAAGUUCAUCAGCAGAGAGUUGAGGUGUUCUCCAAAGGGGGAGAUGGUGUGCUUCAUUACCAGAGUUGCUUAUAUGUUCCAAUUAUGGGUGCCACUAAUAUGUACCUUGAUCUAUGGGAAGUUUAUUGGUCGAACGACAUGAAGAGGGACAUCGCAGAUUUUAUGGCUAAGUGUCCUAGUUGUCAACAGGUUAAAGUAGAACAUCAGAAACCUGGAGGUGUGACUCAGGAGAUUAGCAUUCCUACGUGGAAGUGA